GGUAAACAUAAGCGGAAAAUAACCGACAAUCUAGCCGGAAGAACCGUUUCACAGAUCGGAUAUCCCGUGAUCCCCGUUUGCGCGUCGCCGCGUCCGUCCGCGGGCAACCGGCGCUACGGCUCUGUGCUACCGCGGCGCACGUAAGCGUGCGUUCGAAUGGUGGUGCGCUUCGUGCGGCUUCCUCCGCUGUUUCUCCGCUGAUCUCGUCGCUAACGGAAUUGGGAACGGCGAAGCUGUACAAGUCGACGGCUCGGACGGCGCGUUUGAAUCCUGUGUCGUCGCAAUUGUCGGCUCUCCCGCCGCGCACCGACGAUGGCGACUCUAGAGGACCGCAUCUUGGGCGAGAAGCUCCAGUACUACUGUAGCAGCAGCAGCGAAGACGAGGACGAGCCGGCGGAAAACGACGCUUCCCCGUCGCACGUGCCCGCCUCGGAAAAGGCACCGCCGCCGCCGCCGCCCGAGCUCAAGCAGCGGGAAGGGUGCUCCUCUGUCAAUACGGGGCCCAAAGGUGUGCUGAAGGACUGGCAGCGCUAUCAGCAGCUGCAGAAUGAGCGGCGAGAGGAACAGGAACGGGAGCGACUGCAGCUCAUCAAGAAGCUGUCGCUCACCUGCCGCUCUGAGCUCGACGCUGAGAAGUCAAAGUCAAAGAAGGAAGAGGAAGCGCCACAGGAAGAGGAUGACGACUUCCUGCGCGAGUACAUGCGCAAACGGAUGGAGGAGAUGAUGGCCGAGAUAAAUGCCAGGCCGAAGUUUGGACACUUAGUUCGCCUCGAGGACGGCCAAGCCUUCCUGGAUGCUGUAGACCGGGAAAAGUCUGGCGUCACUGUCAUCGUGCACAUUUAUGCACAGGGCAUGCCUGGCUGCGAGGCAAUGAAUGGCUGCCUGCAGUGCCUGGCAGAAGAGUACCCGCAGGUCAAGUUCUGCACUGUCGAGGCCUCUGCGGCUGGCAUGAGCCGGCAUUUUGAGCGUAAAGGAGUGCCGGCACUGUUGGUGUACAAGAACGGCGCCCUGAUUGGCAACUUUGUACGCCUCACGGACGAGUUCGGCGACGACUUCUUCGCCGUGGACGUUGAAUCAUUCCUUGUUGAGCACGGCUUUCUUCCAGACCAGAGCUUGCGACUUGCAGAGCGAAGUCAACCCUCCAACAACGCCGAUGAUGACGACGACGACGAUGACCACUGAUGCAGAAGAGUUGAAAGUUGUGCUUGUCGGUACAUAAUGAGGAUACUUGGGAGCAGUGCGAGAAGACUGGACAAGACUGGACUGCGCCCUGUGUUGUCUAUUCUUGUCCAAUGUUAUUGCACUGUUCCUCAAGUACCACUGUCGCCAUCGUAACCUGAAGACCGUUUCCAUUUGGUCUUGACAGCAAGCAGACGGCAGGUUGUUUAACUUAGCCGCAGUUCUGGCACUGAGGCGCCCGAGAAGCAUCGGCGGAACGUCGUGACCAGACUGGCUGUAGAGCACGGAGCUGAAUUUGCCCUCGUGGAAUUCAUCUGCAGGUCGAGUGAACAGCAACGCAAUGCAAGUGUUCACGCUCGGCAGCCAUGUUUUGCACCUGUUUGUGCAUUUGUUGCUACAGAAACGACCUCCCAUUGUUUCUCGGUGCACUAUGUGAAACAUUGUAAUGCUCUUUGUACAGGUGUGUUCAGAGUGUCCUUUAUAUACAGCAAUAUGGGUGGCGGCCGUCUUGGCCCUCAUUCCAUUUCUGUGGCGUAAGGCUAAAUUCACCGGUGAUGAAGUCCAUGGAGAAGGUACUCGGCAAAGUUCCUUGCAGUGGCUCCACUGCUGCCAUGUGGCUGCACUUGUAACUCAAAAAGUAUUCGUCGUAAUGCAUAGUAGCUGCUUUAAACUGUCACUGCCAAUCAUGAUUCACGAAAACUUCAUUGGAUGCUGUAAGCAUAGCUGACUUGCCUUUCAAAAAAUUGGUGAUAGUGUAGCUGGCGCUAAAUGUAGGCUGUUUGCGUUGCUAGACAGAAUAGAAACGGCAGCAUGCAAAUAAGAAUAAAUGAGAGAAGCUUCAUCCCAUCAAUAAUGCCAGGAUUUUCAUAUCGUGCGACUAUAUUACGGGGUACCUGAAUUGGGACCACUGAAGCUGUGUGUGACUCUGCAAGCCUUGACCUUUCUGAGCAUCAAAGCAGGAAGCCAGGUUUGACCACUCUCAAACUAGUUGGUUAUCACGAAAGCAGCCUUAUACUCUGAGCCAGAAAAAAAAUUGGUUAGCUUCUUUUGGUAAGCAAUUUGUUGAAAUGAAUGGGAUGCAGUCACAGACAAUGUCAGACAGGGGGUGGGUUCAAACACUCGGAAGUUCCUUGUGCACUAUCGGUUGACAACUCAGGUGAGUCACGUAAACUGAACUGCUGGCACAAGCCACAUGAUGGUGGGUGAACAAAGCAACCGUGUGAAUUCCAGAACACCAGUCAGCUGCAUCUCCGCCCCCGCAAAUUGCACGCCUACUUUUCUUAUGCAUUGCAGUUCGUGUCUCCAUUUCAAUUAAAGCACUCAACAAGACCAACUUUUAUUUCAUUCAUUAGUCCCUUAAAUAUGUGAGAUGUUUUUGUUCAGUUAUCUGUACUAGUACUUGUACAAGUUCUUCUGUGUAGCUGUAAGGAAAAGCUUUACACCACCCUUUGUUGGCUAACAAUUUUGUCCUGGUGCAGAGCCUCAAAUCAUUGUUAAACUAGGUUGACUUGAAUUGUGCCCGAGCUUGUCGUGAGACUCAAGUGGUAGAAUUGCAAUCGAAGUCAUUGGCCUCCAUUUUAUUUUAUUUACGAUUGUGGAGGAAGAUCUCCUCUGUGGCUGCACUAAUGCAGUCAGCUGUAUUAGUUGUAUUACAUCAUUUACAUACAACAUGUGCUGUACUUAAUCUCGCCCAUUAUGUGUCACUGUUCUGUACUUAUACAUGUUUAAUUUUCACCGUAACAUUGGUCGGAAUUUGUGACUGGCAAAGGCAUCAGGAUUGAAGCCUUGGGAAAGAAAAGCUUGGUAUUGCUGAGUAUCGGGGUGUGGGACGCAGACUGUUACUUAUUACCGUAUUUACCCGAUUUUGACAAUUCUCUAAAUGUAACACACACGCAGUCUUUUAUGGUUUCAAAGUAAGAAAAUAAUGUACGCCGAAAUCUAACGCACACCUGUUAUAAUAAAAGAGUUGCAUGGCUCCGAUUUUCACGAUCAGACAAGGAUAAGGCCACCUUUACAGAGACAGCUCUUUAUCUCUGUGUAGGACCAUAGCAUAUUGCCCUCUGUGCGGUCCAUUGCCUUUGAUGGCCCACAUUUCUCGAACAACUCCGCAACAAUCACGAACGGGAUGGUGGCCUGCACCAGAACUAACUACUUUGCUACUACUGAAUACCAAAAAGGCAAGAACAUGUAAAUCUAUAGCUACAACCUUGGGGCGCAUUCACACUUGCGACUAGGCAAGGUCGUGCGACCAAGUUAGUUGCAAAGCGACCAGUCGCAAAUGGUCGCUUUUCUCAAAAGGCGACCGUUUCGGGCCAGUCGCUCGCUGCUCGAUUUUUGUCGCACGACAACAGUCGCAGAACAGCUGAAUCAGUCAGAUGUGAAGGAACAGGACAUACGUAUAUGCUGAUGCUUAUUUUACGCGGCGAUGACAUUGCAAGCAGACGCGAACGGCAUAUCGCGAGACAUUUCGGUUUAGCGACUCGUCGGUCACAUUUGUCAGUGUGAACAUCGUUCAUCUUGAGUAGCUUUCUGGUCGCCAGUCGCAAUCGCUCGUGGGACGUCGUCUAGUCGCAAGUGUGAAUGGGCCCUUGCAUAUAAAUGAACUUCUUAGAAUGAGAUUUUGUAAUCAAAGCAACUUGGCAGUAUAAGCAACCUGCGCGAGAACGUUUGUCGCCAUCUUGCCAUGACAAUGACAAUGAUGCUGGCUUUGAUGGUAGCCAACACCUCGAACGUGGUUUCAGUUUUGUAUCUGAUCGUAACGCACAAGCAAUUCUCAGACCCAUUUUUCUCGGAAAAGAAAGGUCCGUGUUAGAAUCGGCUAAAUACAGUAUUUCUGUCUGUCUAGCGUCUCUUUAAAGCUGCACUGAGAAUGUUUCCUCGUCUUGUGUCUUUGGCUCAAAUAAGUGCAGAUAUGAGUAGCUAUAUAGCUUGUUAUGCAAGCCACUAAUGCUCCCACAGUGCAAAGGGCACAAUGUGACCUGCCUGACAUGUCAGCAUGCACCAUGUGAUUGCUACAAAAUGGUGAAAGAGGUUCAAGGAAGCCAUGAAAUGAUUGCAGGGAUGAGACUUGUUGAUAUGUCAUACGUCGUUGACAGACUUGUUGACCUGUCAGCGCGUAAUGUGUUCCUUUGUCCUUAUUUGCACGCUGUAAACAUUUGUUUACUUCUGUCUUAGGCUGCCAGGCUUACUUACAAGGCCUUUUCGUAUUUGUUGAUCAUUGUAAAAAAAAAAAAACGCAAUGUUUCAAAGUUACCCUUGUACCCUUCUGUAGAAUGGUCCGAAAGUAGCAAAGUAAAAAAAAAUUUAAUAAGAGUCGCACAGACUGUACCAAAAUACCGUUUUCACAGAAAUGCAUAAAAAAGCAUGAUUAAAAAAAAACAACUUAUAUACUGAGUGAUUUCAUUUUAUCACCAACUUCAGUUUGGGCCACAACAUCAUUGCAACUCGGUAAGAAAUCUAACUACACGUGCAAUCAUUUUUUUUGUAUUAUUAAAAAAAAGAAUUCCAUGUCUUUCUGGACAUUUCUGUGAAAACGGCAUCUUGCUACAUUGUGUACUUUUCAAGUUAUUGAAUGUUUAAAACUGGUGUUACUUUGGAUCAUACUGUCCAUAGCGAGUGUGCCUUUUUAAUGCUGUGACCGUUUCCACUGCACACAUUUGACAAAGUUUCGCAUCACAUCAAGUAGUCGUGAAUGCCUAGGAUGCAGGAAAGCUUUCAUUAUUUCUUGAAUUUAAAUUAGACUACUAUAUUGAACCAAAAAAAAGAAUAGUGCAAAUCGGCAUAGUACAUCAGGAUCCCUAGCUUGAUGUUAUUGCUAGCGUUGUAUGUAAGAAGGCAGGGCCAUACAAUCGCAAACUGAUAUGAGUUUUGCAGAGAAAACUACUACUACACCUAAACUUUGUACAUCACUCUGUGUUAGCAUGACAAUAUGUAAUUAAGUGCAGUGAAGGAACUGCAGUGAAUGCUGGUUUUUAUUUUCUGAUAGAAUCGAUUCAAGGAGACCAUGCCAGAGGUAGCAAGUUCGUUCUUUUUUUUUUUCAGCACACACAGCUCCAUUUUGGCGUGAGAAACUUAAAUUGACACAGUGUAUUUAAUGAUGAUCUUCAGCGUGGCUUCUUAGAGCCAUUCACUGAUGUCCCACCUUGUUAUGUGAGCGGUAGAUGGCUUUCGUGAAUGUCGCUCUGGUUUUCUUAAUUGGUUGCAAUACAAGACUUCAGUUCUAGUCAACUUUCAGUUUUCAUCUAAUAUCCUGAAUUGGGUGCAAGUGAUGCAAUAACCUUUUCUGUGUUAUGCAGUGCUGGGUUUUCAUUAUCUCAGCAAAAGUGUUGUGUUGUGUGAAAAUUUGUGCUUUUGUUCUUUUUAGCGACAUCAAUGUUGCAUGUUCAGCUUUAUAUAACAUUCGGCAUGUGCAUGGUGGUGCUUGCACAAUGUCAGAACUGUAUGAAAUGGCAGGGCUUUUGAAAGUCUUGAAAUAAUGCUGUUUUCUCUAUUACCUUUUCUGGCGCACACGACGAUUGCCAGGCUAAUGUCUUUCUUAUUUGCACAUGAUCAUGUGCUGCGCUAUGGAGCAGCUGUCAUCACGGAAUCUGGAUUUAGACUGAUCAACCAGUAUGCAAAUCAUUGUUAUAGAAAUGCACGUAUUAUCUUUAAAAAACCUGCACAAAUGUCUGAUAGUGCAAGCAGAAAAAAACAACAAUCAUCAACUAUCGUAUAGACUCGCGUCAAGGCCGCACCCCCAACUUGGCAUCCCAAAAUGUGGAAAAAAGAAAAUUCCAAUAGGGAAGCAAUAGCGUUCGGUGCCCUGAUGCCACGCGUGUGCAUUGGCGAAUGUUCCUGCGCUACAGGCUUCUUUGUGCCACUACUAGAUGGCGAGAACUGUGCAUUGCCCUUUGAUGCAAUGGUACAUCAGGGUAUCUGGGGUGUGCACAAGUCGCCGGCUGCACCGGCACCAUUUUUACCAAAAGGUUCGGUCCUGUGGGAGGGCCGCAUCUCGUCUUAAUUGUGAAAAAAAUCGCGGCCCUUACACGAGUCUAUACGGUAUGAAAGCCUGUUCUUCUAGCCUUCCUUUGCCUAGUGUGCUCUUUAUUUUGAAGCUGUCUCCAACCAAAAA